UGAUUUCAUAAACCUCCACAGCCUGACUCUGCAGCUGAUGAACUCAGGGGAGGUGAUAGCAUGAUGGUUAAUCACUGAUCUCUUCAUGGGUUAAUAAUUUGAGGCCGUUACUCAGAGGUGCUGGGAAGCAGGAGCCGCCUUAUGAGAGAAAAUCACGUCUUUUGGUUGUUAAGGUGGAAGAAACAACAUGAGCAGAAGCCAGGAGAACGGCACACUCUGGAGACUUGUGCUGUUAGGAGGUGCUGAUCUUGUGGUGGAGGAAAAUUGUGUGUUGUGGAACAAAGAUGGCCCAAGACUGAGCUGGCCACCUUCAGUGUCAUCCAAACCUUCAGAGGACCCAGAAAAACCCUUUGAAGGGACUGAAGAUGUUGCCAUGGAGAACACCCCACUGAAGGAAUGUGUAGAGGUAGCAGAAUUUAUUACAAGAAGAAGAAGAAGAAGAAGAAGAAGAAGAAGAAGAAGAGGAAGAGGAAGAGGAAGAGGAAGAGGAAGAGGAAGAGGAAGAAGAAGAAGAAGAAGAAGAAGAAGAAGAAGAAGAAGAAGAAGAAGAAGAAGAAGAAGAAGAAGAAGAAGAAGAAGAAGAAGACAGGGAAAUUUCAAUCCCUCAGCAUCCAAAAGCAGGCAGACUAUCAAAGCAGUAACUUGGGCGUAAGAAAUAGCACUGGAAGCCAGUUAGCACCAGCUUGAGAAAGAGGAGACUUCUCAGGAGGCGAGAAGAAAAUUUAGGUGCUCUGAUUGACAUGUAGAGAAGAGAUGCUGAAAGGAGGAUGUGCUUUACAAAGCUAAGAGACGGCUGGCCAGAAAUCAGAGAGUAUCAGCAAGGCAAGCAAUCAGCAUGAGCUACGCACGGAGUCGGCUUUGUAGGUCAAGGCAAUGUGUUUGGGCUUCAUUCCACCGGCAACGGGAAGACAUAGACAGGAAAGAACCGAGAUCUAAUUUACACAUUUAAAAUUUCUGGCCACAUGGUCAGAGUGAGUUAGCUACCAGAGCAGAGGCGAAAG